AUGGCUUCUUCUGUUGCUGCCGUGACAACAUCUUCUCCUUCUUCUUCGUCCGUCACCACCACCACUCUCAAGGCCGGACCUGGCAAUCGAUCCCUACGAAGACCCUUGGCCUCUCCGGCCUCGGCGCCAAACCUCUCCGCGGCCUACACGUCUCAGCCACGCUCCCUAUCCAAUCUUAGGGGUGCCGCUGCCGGUAAUCAUAGGAAUAACAACACAGGCAGUCAUAACAGUGGUAGAGGUCUGUCGCGAAAGCCGUCCCUCGCCGUGUUGAGUGAGACGGCGCCGCCUCUGCCCAGCGACAAGAAUAUAUCCAAUGUCCCCCCUCUCCCCUCACCUUCCGACUUUACCAUUUUAAACGACCUCACGGCUUGCAGCCCAGACGGAACCUCUGCCGUCAUGGCUCCCCUCACGCCAGGGCGUGCGCCCCCCUCCCUCUCCGUCGACCCAGUCACUGUCGGCGACACUGUCGAUGUCCCCGGGAACAUGUUUGGAGUCGUACGCUUCGUCGGUCCAGUCCAGGGCAAGAAGGGCACCUUUGCCGGUGUUGAGCUCGAUGCCGAGUUUGCCAUGCGUGGGAAGAAUAGCGGCGAUGUUGACGGCAUCUCCUACUUUACCACAUCCAUUCCUGGGGCCGGCAUCUUCCUGCCCCUCGCCAAGGCCCUCAAGCAAUCCCCCUACCCGGCCACUCUCAGCACCGCCGGCCUCCGCACUGGCUCCCAGAACUCGACAAACUUCACCCCUCCCACGCCUGGUCUCCCCAAGUUUAGCGCUUCCAUCGGUCCAGGUGCCAGGACAUCCAGCCCCGGACCCAAGCGCCCCGGCACCAGCGGUGGCAGACUGUCAGUCCCUCGCUCGGAGUCGCCCGUGCGCCGCAUGCAGAUGACCCCCGGGCCGCGACCCUCGAUCGGUGCCCCCCCGCCGGCCAAGACACCUGGCCGUCAUGCCAGCCCGACUGCCAGCCGCUUCGCCCAGAGCGUACGCGGGACUGCCGGCGACCCCAACAAGAGGUCGGUGGAUCGCAAGCCUAGCAUGCCUGCGCGCAGCAUCUCGGCUCUGGGCUUCGACGACGACCCCCAUAUGCUAGCCCUGCCACAUGCCCAGGCCAAUGGCAACCUAGGGCCGGUGGCGUCGCUGCGCAACCAGAUGCGAUCGCCCUCGCGCGCCCAGAACCGGUCGCCGUCGCGGAACACUGCGCGGGCGGGGGCCACCGACGACCAGCUGGUGGAGCAGCUCCGUGCUCAACUCGAGGACCGCGAGCGGCAGCUCAAGGAUCAGUCAUCGGCGCUGGCUGACAUGGAGGCCAGCCUCACAGAGCUCCAGAGCCUUAUGGAGAGCGCUGACGGCCCGGGGGCUACUGCGCUGGCCGCCGAGACGGAGGGCAAGGACACGGUGCAGCUCCGGGCCCUUCUGCGCGAGAAGAAUGAGAAGAUCUCGAUGCUGACGUCCGAGUUUGACGCGCACCGCGCCGACUUCCGUAGCACCAUCGACGCGCUCGAGAUGGCCAGCACCGAGACGGAGCGUGUCUACGAGAAGCGCAUGGAGGAACUCAUAGCCGACGUACGGGAGCUCGAGUCGAGGAACCUCGACGUCGACUCGGUCGCCAACCAGCUCAAGCAGCUCGAGGAGCUGGUCCAGGAGCUCGAGGAGGGCCUCGAGGACGCCCGCAGGGGAGAGGCCGAGGCCCGCGGCGAGGUCGAGUUCCUCCGAGGCGAAGUGGAGAGGACGCGCACCGAGCUUCUGCGGGAACGUGAGAAGACUGGCGGCGGUGCCGGUACCGGACCCGGCAACAGGAUCUCGAUGACGGCGUCCAAGGAACUGGAGUCGAAAGAGGAUGAGAUCAGGGGCCUCAAGGCCAUCAUCCACUCACUCAGCCGAGACUCGACGGGCAGCGCUGCCGGCAACCGCAAUAGCAGCGCCGCCGGCAACCGCAACAGCAGCGCCGCCGGUAACCGCACCAGUCAGCCGCCAGCCAAUCGCCGCGGCUCCCUCCUCCCCGGCGACGUGAUCGAGCAUAAGAUUGCCCGCGACAACCUGGAGAGGCAGGUGGCGGAGCUACAGUCGAUCUUGAACGAGAAGACGUCGCGCGAGGAGAAGCUGGAGAAGGAGCUUCUCGAACUCCGGGGUGGCAGCAACACGCAGCACCAGCACCAGCGCUCCCAGUCCCAGUCCCAGCCCCAGUCCGAGAUGCAGGCCCAGACGCAGGCCCAGACGCAGGCCCAGACGCAGGCCCAGCGCUCAUCGCUCCGCGACUCGCGCGACACGAUUGUCCUGACACAGUCCCCGGACACGUGGUCGGCCGAUGAGCCUCCCACGCCCGUCCCCUCGGCCCCCGCCGCUGCCGCCAACGGCAGUGGCGGCGGCGACGGCGGUGCCAACGCCGGCCUCGGCCUCAUGCCGGGACACCACCGCCGCGGCACGACGCUGGACACGACGAUCGAGAGCGACGCGCACUCCAACGCCACGGAGAACAGCACGCUGUGGUGUGAGAUCUGCGAGGCUCCCGGGCACGAUAUCCUCACGUGCACCAACAUGUUCGGCCCCGAGGGCGGCAACACGUCGUCGGCGUCGUCUAAGCCGGCCGCUGCCGGUACCAGCGGCGGCCCGCACAAGCAGACCCUGCCCACCAUCCCGUCUCACGACAACCUCCGGCUGGCGGGUGGCAUAGACGACAGCGCCCACCCGGCGCCGCUGUCGCCCUUCAAGGCCGUCCGGAACCCCAACAUAGGAAGCGGUGCUGCGCCCUCAGCCCCGGCGGCGCCCAAGGACCUGCCCAAUCCUACGGACUCGGGUCCCGUGGCAGGCAAAGAGAGCGGCAUCGUGGACCCGGAGAAGUGGUGUGCCGUUUGUGAGCGUGAUGGGCACGAUAGUGUGGAUUGCCCUUUUGAGGAUGCUUUCUGA